GUUCCGACUUUAUUCUCAAAAACGUUGCGACUUUAUUCUCGAAACAUUACAACUUUAUUCUCGAAACAUUACGACUUUAUUCUCGAAACAUUACAACUUUAUUCUCGAAACAUUACGACUUUAUUCUCUAAAUGUUAAGACUUUAUUCUCAAAAACGUUGCGACUUUAUUCUCGAAACAUUUUGCAUUUGUUCUCGAAACAUUACGACUUUGUUCACGAAACAUUACGACUUUGUUCUCGAAACAUUACAACUUUAUUCUCGAAACGUUACGACUUUAUUCUCAAAAACGUUACGACUUUAUUCUCAAAAACAUUGCGACUUUAUUCUCGAAACAUUCUGCAUUUGUUCUCGAAACAUUACGACUUUGUUCUCGAAACAUUACAACUUUAUUCUCGAAACAUUACGACUUUAUUCUCCAAACAUUGUGACUUUAUUCUCAAAUCAUUUCAAAUUUAUUCUCAAAACAUUUCAAAUUUAUCCUUGAAACAUUUAGACAUACAGAAAUAACAAAAGGUCAUUCAAGGGAAUCUGUACAAUUUUAAGCACGCUUUUUUGGUUCAUGGACUGCUAUGUUUAAUUCAUAGAGAGAAAAAGGUUUUAGGGUUGAGAACUUUUUUCCUUCACUUAUGCACUUGCUGGUUUCAGUUUUCCCUGACUAGACUUAUUUUUUAGUAGGUUUGGUUCAUAUCAGUUGACCUGUAGCCUUGUUUUUAUUGACUGAAUAAACAGUUUUUAUUGACUAGUGCAAAACUCUGAUAUUGAUGCUGAUAUUGAUUUAUCAACCGCUUUGACCUUUCCGGGCAGAAGCUGCUGCGUUUCCCCUCCCACUCGUGUUUCUCUCCUCCCUCUCUGUCUGAUUCAGUCUGAUGUCAGGCAUCUGUUGGCAGCGGAUAAUCAUUUGUCUAUCAGACUGAGUCGGGGACAGGACGAAGAGAAGAACAGAGAGGAAUCAUGAGGGCUGUUUUUUUCUUCACGUGUCUUCUCUUUCAGACUGCCUGGUCAAUAUCUGAUGAGGAUUUCUUGGGUCCGGCUCAAUGUCUGAAUCAGAAUUACACUCGGUUGUCUUGCUCGAAAGUGUUCUGUCCUCCAUGGAGGCGAUGCAUCGGAGGACAGUGUGUCUGUAAGACACCGGACAAAUGUCCGCGGCAGCAAAUAAACGCCUGUGCGCUGGACGGAUCUACGUAUUACUCCCUGUGUCAGGCCAAUGCGAUCUCCUGCAGAAGCAAGAUGCCCACUUUCUCACACUUCAGCCAGACCUGCAAAGCGGAGGAUAACGUGAAAGUGACACUGAUGAACUCUGGGGCUCAUAAAGUGGUGGAGAUAAAAACUAAGUUGGGAAAAAAGCUGGUGUGUGGCAAAGACUGGAAUAUGGCCAUAGCAAAUGUCGUUUGUCGAAACCCUCUGAAAGUUGAGAGAGGAGCAGAGAAGGCGUCUAAAAUCACAUAUGUGUCUCUUGAUAAAACUAUUACAUGGCCAAAUGAGUGUAUGAGGGUUCACUGCACGGGAUAUGAGCUCUCAUUGGCCGAGUGUACGAUCUAUAAACCAGAGCCAAUCGCAGGAAACGCUGAAGUGGCCGUCGCAAAGUGUUACGAGGAACCUAAAGGCAAAUGUAACAAGUUCAUCUGUGCAAACGGGAAGUGCUUACUCCAUGGAAAACCCUGCAAUGGUGUCGAUGACUGUGGAGACAACAGUGACGAGAUGUGCUGCCAAAGCUGUCAUGACAGUGGUUUCCACUGUAAAUCGGGCGUCUGUAUUCCCCGUCACGCCGUCAGAGAUGGAAUCAGGGACUGUCUGGGAGGAGAAGAUGAACUUGAAGCUGUUCCUGUACACCCUACUCCACCUACGCCUCCUAAAACCAGACCCACACCUGGCCCAGGACCCUGCCGUACAGACCAGGCCAUCUGUCGGAAUGGACAGUGUAUUUCUCGGGGCUACGUAUGUGAUGGCAAAACACACUGUGCUGACGGCAGCGACGAGUUCAAUUGUGGAACUCCGUCUCCCUGUGAACCCAAUGAGUUUAAGUGUCAGAACGGCCGCUGUAGUCUGAAACUGUGGCGUUGUGAUGGGGAUAAUGACUGUCAAGACAACUCAGAUGAGAUGAACUGCCCCACUAAAGGUCCAGGGGACACAUGUGCCCCGGAGAUGUUUGUAUGUCUGUCUGAUCGCACAUGCAUUCCUCUCAGUUACCAGUGUGACGAGGAACCAGACUGCGCCGACUGCUCUGAUGAAUACGGUUGUGCACCUCCCACUGUGACCAUCUCACCAGAAGAGUCCAUUGUGGCAGCGCAGGGGGAUACUGUGACCUUUACUUGUUCUGCAAUUGGUGUGCCUGUUCCCCUCAUCUCAUGGCGUUUUAAUUGGGGACACAUACCAGCCAAUAGCAGAAUCACAAUGACCAGUCAGAACGGGCGAGGAACACUCACCAUCCGUGACUUCAAGGAAGGUGACCAGGGUGUGUACACCUGUGAGGCCAUGAACUCUAAGGGCCUAGUGUUUGCCAUUCCUGAUGGGAACCUUAGCUUGUCUCAGAGACCAAACCCAGUUGUGUCAUCCUCUCUGUACGCGUUAGCAGAAAUUGACAAAGCAGUAGUAAAGAAAGUAGAAGAACUUUUUUCUGAUCCAAUGUCAGAGAUCAGAGAAAUCCGCUCGUCUGCAGAGAGACAGCUGCAGUGUGGCGUUCCCAAUAAGGGGAAUGUGUACGGACAGGAAGGUCCCCGUUCACGCAGGAAACGUUUAGCAGGAUGGAAAGAGACCUUACCGACUCAGAUACAGUGGCAGGUGGCCAUUCAGGACGAAGGUUUGAUUCACUGUGGAGGGGCGUAUUUGGGCGGCUGCUGGGUUUUGACCGCCGCCCACUGCGUCAGGCCCAAACCGAAGUCCUUCCGAAUCAAGUUAUCUCUCUGGAGGAAGCAUCGUAAGCAGUCAACGACGGAGAGCAUCCCGGUGAAGAACAUCAUCAUUCAUAAUGAAUAUAACCCACAAACCCACGCAAACGACAUCGCUUUGGUGCAGCUGGAAACGCUGCCUCUUUCAGACAAGUGCGUGCAGGACAAUCCCGCGGUGCGAACCGUCGGCGUUCCCUGGUCCACCCAACAAUUCCAGCCUAAUGACACCUGCACCAUUUCCGGCUGGGGCAAAGAAGCGACUCUGAAAUGGGCAAACAUGACGCUUAUCGGCAACUGUGAGAAUUAUUACAAGGACCGCUUCCUCCCUGGAAUGGAGUGUGCAGGUGAUUUGGAGGGGAAGGUGGACUGGAUCCGCUUCCACACAGGCUGGCCGGCCGUUACCAAAUAUAACCAGUAAAUGAAGGAACAGACCAGUUCACAUCUGCUGAUUGAUGCUGUUACCGCAUACUGUGUGCUUUUGAAAACAUCUGAAUGUUUUUCUCCUAAUAAAGUGCUGAUUACACAACUAUGA